AUGGACGCGGCUCCCGGGUCUCCGGAGCCCUUUCUGGCCACGCCGCCCGCGGAAGUGCUGGAAGAGGUGCUGCAGGCUCAGCUCGGGCCGCUGCCCAGCUUCGCAGUCAUCUCCCGGCUCAAGCGGCUGCCGGCGGGCGGCUACUCGUCCACGGACGACCAGCACGUGGUGCUGGAGCGCCGGCGCCUGGCGAACGCCAAGGAGCGCGAGCGGGUAAAAAAUCUGAACCGUGGCUUUGCUAAACUGAAGGCAUUGGUGCCAUUUCUUCCACAAAGCAGAAAGCCUAGCAAAGUUGACAUACUUAAAGGUGCAACUGACUACAUUCGACUUCUUGGAGAGGUUUUGAAAGAAACCAAAACUUCUGAGAAGCCAGGCCUAGAGGAGCAGACCUAUAGCAGCAAUGCCUCUGACCCACAAGUGUCCUUGGCUAGAGAGCUACUGGGAAAUGCUACCCAGCAUGCCAGCUGUGCCAGUGGCUUGAAGAAUGAAGAGGAGGGGCCCUGGGCAGAUGGUGGCAGUGAUGAGCCAGCAUACACGUGUCAGCAGAGCAUGACACCCAUGACUAGAAGUUACUUCACCCAUCAGGAGUCUGGUAAAAGAUUCCUUCUAAAAUAG